UGGGCGUUAAAGAUGCCGCCGGUAAACUUAACGGAAGGAGCGAUACCGAUGCUAUCUAACGGUGAAUGGCAAGAAGAUGAGUUUCGACCGGUGUUACAGAUCACAGAUGUUCGGUUAGUUAACACUCAGAAUCAGAGCAAUACUAAUGAACGUUACAGGAUUUUGAUAUCGGAUGGACAGUAUAUACAGCAAGGGAUGUUAGCUACGCAAAAGAAUCAACUAAUUAGGUCUAAACAGAUUCAGAAAGGAAGUAUUAUUCAGAUGAAAGAUUUCGUUCGUAAUGUCAUCCAAAAUCGAGUGAUCAUUAUUAUCAUUGAAUUGGAUGUUUUAGUUGAGGUGUGUGAUCAAAUUGGAGAACCAAAGCAUUAUCUCAAAACUGAUGGUAGUACUCCUCCAGUGCCACGGCCAGCUGCCCAAGUGCAGCCUUCCGCCAAUCAAUUUGUUGGUGUAAGUGGAAAUUCCCAAUCAUUUGCUGCUGUUUCAGCUACUUCAGUCUCAACUCCAAGACCAAAUAUGACUGGAGGGGUGCAAUCUCCAGAGACAAACCGUAGCAGUGUUUACAGUACUCCCUCUGUUGGGAAUUUGGACUCUGGACGAUAUGGUUCAAGUGCACCUCUUUACCCCAGAGCAGAAUCUGGUCCUGCGAUUUCACGGGCUCCAGUGAAUUAUGUGCGGCCGCCACAGCCUUCUUAUCAGCAGCCUCCUCAGUCUUCUUAUCAGCAGCCACCACCGAUGUACUCAAACAGAGGACCUAUAGCCAAGAAUGAUGCACCUCCGAGGAUUGUUCCAAUCGCUGCUCUCAAUCCAUAUCAGGGUCGGUGGACUAUAAAGGCCAGGGUAACCGCAAAGGCUGAACUCAGACACUACAACAAUCAAAGGGGUGAUGGAAAAGUAUUCUCUUUUGAUCUUCUUGAUUCUGAUGGAGGAGAAAUAAGGGUGACCUGUUUUAACUCUGUAGCUGACCAAUUUUACCACCAGAUCGAGCCAGGUAGAGUUUAUCUAAUUUCAAAAGGAAGCUUGAGACCAGCGCAGAAAGCUUUCAAUCACCUUCCAAAUGAUCAUGAAAUUAUGCUUGAGACCACAUCUGUAGUUCAACCUUGUUUUGAGGAUGACAGGACUAUACCUCAGCACCAAUUUCAUUUUCGGCCAAUCAGUGAUAUUGAAGCCAUGGAGAACAACAAUGUGAUAGAUGUGAUUGGUGUGGUGUCUUCAAUAAGUCCAUCUACUUCAAUAAUGAGGAAAAAUGGUACAGAAACUCAGAAAAGAGCCCUCCAGCUGAAGGACAUGUCUGGCAGAAGUGUUGAAUUAACUUUGUGGGGAAAUUUCUGCAAUGCGGAAGGUCAAACACUUCAGAAUAUGUGUGAUUCUGGGGCUUUCCCUGUUUUAGCAGUCAAAGCUGGUAGAGUAAAUGAUUUUAAUGGCAAAUCUUUAGGUACUAUAUCUACAAGCAAGUUGUUUAUAGAACCAGAUUUUCCUGAAGCUCUAAAAACGAAGGAAUGGUUUGAAAGGGAGGGAAAGAACAUGCCGUCAAUGUCACUGUCACGAGAAGUCAGCAGCAUUGGUCGGACAGAUGUGCGGAAAACUAUAUCUCAAAUCAAAGAUGAACGGUUGGGCACUUCUGAGAAACCAGAUUGGAUCACUAUAAGUGCCACUGUUACAUUUAUAAAGGUUGACAAUUUUUGCUAUACUGCAUGUCCCCUCAUGAUAGGAGAUCGACAGUGCAACAAAAAAGUGACAAAUAAUGGGGAUGGGAAAUGGCGGUGUGACAGGUGUGAUCAGACUGUUGAUGAAUGUGAAUAUAGGUACAUCCUCCAGUUCCAGAUUCAGGACCAUACUGGCUUAACAUGGGUUACUGCAUUUCAAGAAUGCGGUGACCAGAUCAUGGGUAUAUCUGCAAAAGAAUUGUAUUUCAUAAAAUAUGAGGAGCAGGAUGAUGAUAGGUUUGCAGAAACCAUGCGUAAUGUUUUAUUCAACAAGUUUAUAUUUAAAUUGAAAGUGAAAGAAGAGAUGUUCAGUGAUGAACAGCGAGUUAAGUCAACAGUGGUCAAAGCUGAGAAGCUGAACUUCCAAUCAGAGACCAAGUUUCUGUUGGACUUGAUAGACAAGAUCAAUGGGCAGGAAUCGAGCACUCUACCUCCCAUGACAGAUAAUGCAACUCCAAGUUCAGGGUUUAAUAAUGCUGGAUUUGGGAGCAAACUCAAAGAACCGAUGAACCCCGUUACAAGCUAUGGUGGCAGCAAUAGCAGUAUCAGCAGAGAGAGUGGACUGCAGGGAAAUCGGCAAGGUCCGUAUGGAAAUCAGCCUACUGGCUCGCAGUUUGGUCCGACUGGUUCUUCUACAGGCAUGUAUAUGAGCUGUAAUAGUUGUGGUGGAACGGGCCAUAGUGCCUCAAACUGUCCAAGCGUCAUGAGUGGUCAGAGCCAGGCAUAUGGAGGUGGUUUUGGCAAUAGGGCAACUUCAGGGAUGAGCAGUGGGGGUGCUUCCGGUGAGUGCUAUAAAUGCCAUCAGUUUGGACAUUGGGCAAGAGAUUGCCCAGGUGUAAGCAAUGCAUCUGCUGUCAAUAACAUGACGCCUGGAAGAUACGGGAAUACUCCAAGGCAACACGUUGGCGGAUUUUAAUGAACCUUUUGAGUGUAUAAAGUUGUCCUGUACCGGUAGAUGCCUUCUCUUAGGUACCAUCAUGGAUCAUAUUUUGCUUUAGAGAAUGAGGCUUGCCUAUCGCCAUCUGACUGUACAGUGGCCACUUGGGGCUGAAAUAUUGGGCCGACUGUCCCUGGAUGGAGGGGUCUAUAAGUCUUGUCCUUGUUUUGAGUGACAUUUCGUUGCUCUUUCCCUGUAAAUUAUUUUCCUGUUUUAAGCGAUCUCUUUCUUUGUGGUUCGACCUUUUAAGAUAAUAACUGUGUUACAUUGUAGACUGUUAUGGUAAUGUUAUCCCAUCUUUUUCAUC